GUUGACUCUCACCAUACUCGAUGCCUUCACUCUCUGCCCUUCGCCAUGAAUGCCCCUGGAGCCAUCGAAACUUCUACCAAUGUGUAUGAGGCCCUGGAAAAUUACAAUUGGGACGAUGAUGUCGAGUUCCAGUCUGGCCUGAGCGCCAUCCUGGGCAGCAACAGUACGCCUGAGCAAGCGACCGAGUUGACGUUGCGAGCGCGAUGUUUCUAUUACGCCAGAAAGUAUAAUGUGAACCUCGAUUUUGACGCCUACAAAGCUUACCGAACCUCUCGACCCUCGCGACCAAUUGCCCCGCCAAACGGUGUGCAAGCGGCCUCCGCCUCUGCAAGCGCUGAGGCUCCUGGGAGCGUACUGCCAGCAUCGUCUACAAAUCCGAAUGACCCUCCGGCUCCGUAUCCUGUUUCUUUUGCACAUAUUGUUGAGCUAGUCACUACCGGCCAACCUAUACCCGGAAUCAAAGAAAUUCCAAACACCAUCUUGACUGGACAGGGUACUGAAGCUGUCAAGGAGAAGCGGAAGAAGCCUUGGGAGAGGGGCGGAUCUGUGUCGUCUGGGCCAGGGUCUUGAUGGGUUGAUUCCUGUCGUAUAUAACGGUCAGCUCCAGACAAGCUGGAUAUAAUACCCUUCAAUUUUAGAACAUCCCAGCAUAGGCUAUACAUGGAUGCGCACAGAGAACUAAGGUCAUGAAUGUAUGGGUAACGAUAUAUGAUAGACGAUGAAGGAACACGCCAUCCUAUGUAGGGUCCAUAUUUACUCAGACC